UGUAAGAUGGCAACCUUGUUUCGGCCAUCAUAGUUUUGGCGCUGUCAGCUGAACGGAUUUACGUAAAAAAAUGCGCCGCGGAUUUUCAUGUUUACUACUGAUUUGCGACCACUGCGGAUAAAUUCUGCGAUACAUAAAUUUUGUUUACGUUGAUCGCUAGAGAAAUAAGUUGGUUAACCUGCACGGGCUUACGGAUUGCGUUAUACAUAGUUAUUUAGUUAAAGCUUGGUGGUUAUUUCGUAUAAACUUAUUUGCUUAGCGAAAUGGACGACGAAAAGCUAAUAUCUUUGGUGGAGAAGUACCCCAUGUUAUACGAUAAACAGAAUAAAGACUUUAAAAACAAGACAAAGAAAAGUUACGUAUGGCAGCGGAUUGCUACGAUAUUGGAAGUUGAUGAAAAUACGGUUAAGAAGCGAUGGCUUCUUAUACGAGACCGCUUUGGCAGAGAAAUUCGGUACACACAGAAUACUUCUACCAAAAGGUGGUCGUUGUUGGAUCAACUUAAAUUCUUGAAAAAUCAUGUAGUUCAACGUCCAAUGCGACAAGGAAAACGAUCAGCCCAAACAUCAAAAAAUGAAAGUUCAUCUGCAUCAGUGUCUCAGUCUUCACCAAUAUAUGCAAAAGCAGAAUACAAUUCGGAAGACCCAUUAGUAUUUUUUCACCCGGAAUCACCUUUGGAACCACCAGCGUGUCCUUCACCGUCAUCAACAGUGGCAUCGUUUUCUAGGCCACACCAAAUGCAAGGAAAAUCGUCGGAUAUAGAUGUUGAAAUCCUAAAGGCGGUGAAAAUGCUACAAGAUGUCUGCGAACAAAAACCACAAAGGGAUGAAAUUGGUCCAGAAAUUAGUGGAUUCUUGACAAUGAUUGGAGCCACAAUUUCAAAUCUUAAAAAAAUGAAUCAGGCUAGAGUCAUACAACGCUGUACAGAGAUUGUAAUGCAGGCUCAAGUGGAGGAAGAAGAAGAAAAUUUAAUUUAUGACAACAGUAGCGCAAAAUUAGUUUGAGCUUUGAUAUACUAUGUUUAUGUAUUAUGUCUAUAUAAACAAAUUAGUAGAAUUUUAUAAGUACUUAUUAUAAAACUAAAAUAGCUUAGGUUAAUUUUGUAUAAACAAAUAACAUAUACAUACAUA